CGAAGCCAUCAGCGCCCCUCGAACUAAAAACAGACGUAUCACUCUUUCAUCACCUUGAUUUAGUAUUCGAUCGAUUGAAGUUAAAAAACAAAUUAUCAAGUUCACCAAAAGAGGGAGCAGAGGCGCUCCAAUCACCGACCUCACUGAAGAAUACACGGUUCAAAGUUCCAGCAUCGUUCAAGAAGACAUCGCUCAAAGCACUUCGAGCAGAACCAUCAACAAAUAUUCCCGAUCAGCCUGAGACUAACGCCAUGGCUCAAAAUACUCAGGAUACCACGGCUGAAGACACUACAGCUCAAAACAUUACAAGCACACUUGAAGCCCUUCAUCUUGAUCCUCCAAUCAAUUCACCCGAAACUGUGGAAUCCCUUCGUGCGUAUGAGAAAAGGCCAGAUCACAUGGGAAAUAAUUUCAGGUGGCCCGCUUCGAUGCCUGAUAUCACCAGAAGUCACGUCUUCUGGGCUCUUACCGAUGAUUCUUGCAACGUUCUCGAAGGUGACCAGGAAUACGCACUUAAUUGCAUUUACUUCUAUGACAGUCUCGACAAGGGCAUGUUUGAUGGCCAUGAAAAAGACUGGGUACUAAUAUACGAACAAACAGUGAAGAAGUAUGAGUCAGAAGAGUAUACGAAUCAGCAACUGGGGGACCUCGAUGAGGAAAUGCCUGGUGCCCUUUACCUUCCACUUGAUCCAAUACUUCGCGAAAAGUACGUUAAUCCUUACAUUCCUCCAGCGAGGGCAGUGCUUGCUCGGCGCAAUAAUUAUGGAGAAUACCUGUUCGGGUCAAAAGAGUUGGAGCGGGGGAUGAAAGUUCUGUCAUACUUGGGUAUCAAUUUAAUGAAAAAUACGAUAAUGAUAAGCUAUACAAAACCGUUAUUGAUACAGGUGCGUCCGGGCCAUGCUACUGGGUAUGGAAGCCCUGCUAGAUUAUUUUUGGCCCGUGAUCCAUUUGCAGUGUCUAUCGGAGACAAUAAUAGUUGGACCCAUUGGGUCCAAAUCAAUACGCUUCGAGUCUGGGAAGCGACUCCUGGUGAUCAGGUGGAUUCUUCCCUGAUUGGGGAUGACGUAUUAAAGCAAUUGACCUAUGUGCACCAGCAGGGAAGAGGACUUAUGUUCCUGAGCUCUCGGCAUGAGCCUCUUUUGACAACAUUUUUAGAUAACCUAUCACCCUAA